AUUGCAUACAAUGGGGAAAUUUGCGUGGCUGCUGCUUGCUGGAUUCCUGGUACUCUGUGCCAGAGUUUCUGUGGGCAGCGAUGCUUGCCACACCAGUGAUGGAACGUGCUGCAGCAAAUGUUACCCAGGUUAUAUGCUUAUCGGUGAUAGAGGGUGUGGAAAAUGUAAAGCGUGCCCCCCGAAAAGCUACACGGAUCAGCCAAAUGAUUUGCACUAUUGUAACAGAUGUAAAAGAUGUGAAGGUAUUUUCCAGUAUAAAGAACUUUGCUCCCCCACUUCAAAUGCGGAAUGCGAAUGUAUCGUCGGAAAAAGAUGCGUUGGGGAAAACUGUGAACAAUGUGAAAAUAUCCCCUGUUCUACGGGGCAAGAACUGGCUGGAGAGAAAUGCGUGGAUUGCCCACAUGGAACGUUUAACCCUGGAAUAGAUGGUCCCUGUAAACCAUGGAAACGUUGUGAACAUACGAACGUUUUAGUUAAUGGAACCCGUAGCUCAGAUGUGGUUUGUCUGAGUGACGUGACCAAGGCUACAGAAAGAGCAACCACAGUAACCUUUCCAGUCACCGAGGCGACAAGAAGACCAGCUGAUUCGGCUGGAGGAAUGGUCACCAUCUACCUCAUCAUUUUUGUCGUGGUGUGCUCCCUGCUGAUGUUGCCUUUUGUUAAAUAUUCAGUAAAAUGCUUGAAGAUGAUGAAAAACCAACUCCAGAAAGUGCCUAUUGAAGUCAGAGCCCCGGAGGAGGAAGAAGCCUGUAGCUGUCACUUUCCAGAGGAAGAACAAGGAAACGAACGGCUCACAGAGGAUGCCUAGCGUACUGCUGGCCAAAGCAAAUCUCGGCUGCUCUGCACUGACAAAGGAGGUUUACCAUUUCUAUCCGGCGUAAUGUCCUACGGAGGCCAUCGGUUGGGUUCCACUGCAGUAGCCUUGGGAUAAUAGAAGAUAGUCCAUGUCCAUCAAAACUCAGUAAAAACCAGGGCAAGUAUCUCCUUCUUCUAUAGAAACAAGGACAAUGGUGGGAAAGAGAUGAACCCAACAUGGCCAGUCUUGGGCAUGACUCCAUGCGUGUGGCAGGCGUGGUGUGUCCCAUGUCCAAUUUUUUUGCAGCUGUGCUUGAAAUAAGAUACAAAGGCACUCAAUAAAUCUGUCCGUUGCCUUUACCUGGAAGGAUUAAAUUACAGGGGACUUUCGGAAUGAGCCAUGCAGGAAA